CACGAAGUAGCGGCAUUUUUGUUCACGAUGUGUCCUCUAUUUUCAUCUCGUGAUCCUAAUCGUCCAUCAUCAUCUGCGAGGCCAGGGCCACCUGAAUAAGGAAGAGAAAGAUAUGGCCCACCUGCCCGUUCCUUUUUCGGUUUUGUUUUCCCGUUCCAGUUUUGUCAUGCUCGUCCCCUCCAGCCUGCCUAAAGGUAAACACCCUUCAACUUCUACCUCACAUCCUCGACCACGACGAACCCGAGCUGGCAAGCUUCUGCUCUUUUUGCUCCACAGCUUGUUCGCAAUAAGCCCCGUCAUUUAUUUCAAUUUUGCCCCUUUUAGUGCAGCCUCCGCCUCCUACCUGAAUAUCGAAGACCAGGACAACGGGCCGACGCUAGAACCCUCAUCUUCAUCUAGCCGAGCUCGAGUGCUGCUACCCCUGCCUUCCCGAUCAUCUUUUCUUCCCUCCUCGCCCGGAAGUAACGCUCGCAGGUCAACAGCAAAAGCAUCCGAAAGUGCUGACGAAGCAGGGGCGCGAUCCAUCGAUUUCUUGAGUGGAACGACGGGAACAAGGUCUACUUCUACUUCGCACCGGGACAAUGAUGCGAGAAAGGGUGGUAUCGUCAGUAGCUGCUCGUCGGCUGCGGUUCCACUGUUGUCCUCUACUGUAACUGCCGCAGAUAUGGAAGCGUCAGGAUUGAAAUCGUCAAAGUUGAAAUAGUUUGUGAUGCAUAAAAUGGAUGCCAGUUAGAACCCAGUUUGCAAGUGGCGCAUGACAAAUUUUGGUGAUACCUAGAUACAGUUUGUCAUGCUGUUUAGGCAAAGAUGACUGCUCUUCUCAUGCUACUUUAGCAGCUCGAGCUCUAACUCCAAACAGGCUUACAAUCGGCCUCCCUUGCCUGCUCUGCAACACACGUAUUUCGCGUUAUGCAUUUUAUGCAUGACCAAUCAUUUCAACCUUGACGAUUUCAAUCCUGACAGAUCCAUAACAGACGAGCCUCUCUUAGGCAGCUGUGCAACGGGA